AUGAGCGUCAAUGCCGCCUCCGUUCGCCCCUUCUACUACAGAGAAUAUAUCCGCUCCGGUCUGAAGGACAACCAAAGAUUUAGAUCUUGGUUCGACAAUACGCGAGGCGAUGUGCCUUGUCGCACCGGUCCUUGUCGUAGGUUCCCCGAGAACUGCUUGGAGAACGUAAACUAUGAGUGGCGAAGCUGCCGCCGCUGUAUGAGGAAGCGGAGGAUCUGUAGCUUCGCAGAGGAAUACCUGCACUACCUGCGGAGUUGCGCAGAUCAGGAGUUGACCCAAUCCUUUAUAAACGAGGGACUCCCAACGGACGAUCCUCUUGACCGUAGGGUGGCGCAAGGUACUUUGGACGAAUACAGACAGUGCUACGCCAACCUCGCCGACCGACUUGAGAGGGUAUCGAGAGUUUUGAGGGACAUUAAUGUUGAGUCCGCCCGUAUGCGCGAGCGGAUUGGGCUUGCUGGAUCCUUCGAGGACGAAGACAAUCGCGAAUCUAUAAUGCAAUUCGUACGCGUGUCGGAAACCCUGUCUUCGGCCGCGUACAUUCAGGACAUCCUUUGGCUGGAACACUUUGAACUAGGCCACCCGGACGUGUAA